AUGUCAUAUUAUAGAAACUCCACCACAAACAGUAGUGCGACAGGCAUAUCAUCAGCACAAGGUACUGAACAAGAUUUGAUGAAUGACAUUACUAUCAAUAAUCCAGCAAAUGACUCUAUAUCUGAUAUUGAUUUUAAUCCUCAACAAGACUUUUUAUUUAGUAGCUCCUCCUGGGAUGGCACAGUACGUAUUUGGGAUGUUCAACAAAAUGGUAUGCCGCAAUGUAGGGCACAGUAUCAACAUCAAGCACCUGUUCUAACUAACAGAUGGUCUACUGAUGGUACUAAAGUGGCAUCUGCUGGUUGCGAUAAUUUGGUGUUGCUUUAUGACGUUAUGACGCAACAACAACAACAAGUUGGGCAACACGACAUGCCCGUUAAAUCAAUUAGAUUUGUACAAUGCGGGCCAACCAGCCAAAGCCUAUUAGUCAGUGGUUCUUGGGAUAAAACACUCAGAUAUUGGGAUUUACGACAACAACAACCAGCUUUUACACUUCAACUGGCCGAAAGAGUUUAUGAUAUGGAUUCUAAACAAAAGUUAUUAGUCGUUGCCUUAGCGGGAAAAAAUGUAACGGUCAUCGACUUGAAUAACCCAUCACAAAUAUUUAAACAAACAACAACCCCAUUAAAAUGGCAAACUAGGACAGUCGCGUGUCAUAAUGAAGGAAAUGGUUUUGCUAUUGGUUCUAUAGAAGGUAGGUGUGCUAUCCAAUACAUUGAUCAACAAGAACAAAGAAAAUCAGGGUUUUCCUUUAAAUGCCAUAGACACCAGAACAAAGCACCAGUAGGAUUAAACAUAAAUAGUAGUAGUGGAACCAGUACUACCAAUAAUAAUAAUAGAUCCUCCUAUGUCUAUUCAGUCAACAAGAUAUGCUACCAUCCCAUAUACGGUACAUUUGCAACUGCUGGCGGAGAUGGUACAUUUACUUUUUGGGAUAAAGACAAUAGGCGUAGAUUGAAGGGCUACCCAUCGUUGAAGGGACCUAUUUCUGCGGCUAGUUUUAAUAGAACUGGUAGUAUAUAUGCUUAUGCUGUUAGUUAUGAUUGGUCUCAAGGACAUAUGGGUAACCUACCUGAUUAUCCAAACGUCAUCAGGUUACAUGCGGUUAAAGAUGAAGAAGUUAAAGGCAAAAAAAAAACAUGA